UCGACAUGGUAAAGAAGAAGAAAAAAAAGAAAAGAAAAAAAAUGAAGCUCUUUAUGAUCUUUGACUAUUUAAGUGUCCGCUCAUGGUUAUAAAUAAACAAGGAGGGGGGAGGAGUAACUUUUUAUUUUGGUUUUUUCACUUGAAUGUCUAGACACAAUAGAAGAGGUCGACCUAAAAGAAGCAAUACACUUGCUGCACUUAAACCACAACUGAAAACAUCAGACAUGGUUUCAGAAGAAGACAUGACGUCUGAUUUAGAUGGGCAACAACCAAUCACUAUUGUUCGCCUAUCAAACACUAUGCAGACAGACGCGCCUUUAGAAGGAAUUGAACUUACUAAAUUACCGCCUGUCAAUUAUCAUACCAUUCAACCAAAAAGCAAUACAGAACAAGACAGUAUACAGUAUCAAGAAGACCAAUUAUUAGCUCAUCAUUACCAACAACAAGACAACAAUAAACAAAACAAAAUCUAUGCAAGACCAGAAAACCAUUAUAUUCACUAUAAUGAACCCACAGAUGUUGAACUAUAUGAUUUAGUAGAAUACGAUAUGGACGAACAAGAUCAGUGUUGGUUACAACUCUAUAAUAAAGAACGUAGAAAAGAAUAUUUAGAUGAAAUCUCACCUUUUCUGUUUGAAUCUAUCAUGGAUAAGCUCGAAAAAGAAUGGUUUAAUUUGAUUAAAAAAGCACCUAAACCAAUGACAGAAGAUAUUUUAUUACCAGAAGAUUCUGCUUGUGCAGUCUGUGAUGAUACAGAAGUAGAGAACAGUAAUGCCAUUGUAUUCUGUGAUGGCUGUAAUGUGGCUGUUCAUCAAGAAUGUUAUGGCAUACCCUAUAUACCCGAAGGACAAUGGCUUUGUCGAAAAUGCAUGAUUUCCCCCGAGAAUCCUGUCUCUUGUCUGUUUUGCCCGAAUGAGGGUGGCGCAUUUAAGCAGACCAAUACCAACCAAUGGGGUCAUCUACUAUGCGCCAUUUGGAUCCCUGAAGUAGGCGUAGGCAAUCCAAUCUAUAUGGAACCAAUUGAAAUGAUAGAACAUGUACCUAAAAGUCGCUGGAAACUCACUUGUUCUAUCUGUCGAAAGAAAAGAGGCGCCUGUAUUCAAUGCGACAACAAACAUUGCUUUUCUGCUUUUCAUGUGACGUGUGCUAAAGCAGCUGGUUUAUGCAUGAAAAUGAACACACUUGAAUCAGAUGGUGUGGUCUUGAAAGCAUAUUGUGAGAAACAUACGCCUAAAGAAUACUUACAAGAUGUGCAAUGGGCUCAGAAAAAGAAAAAGGUACGGCAGACCACAGACACAAAAGUAGCCCGUGCACAUCAGCACCAAUAUUCAACAGGUGCACCUAUUGCCCCUGAUGUGAUUCUGCAAAAGAUUGAUCAUUUGUCUUGUGUCUGUCUAUCGGGUGUGCGAAAGAAACCUCAGUUAGUGAAUGCUGUGGCUCAUUAUUGGUCACUUAAGCGAGAAUCUCGAAGGGGAGCACCUUUAUUGAAGCGAUUGCAUUUAGAGCCAUGGACUGCUGUAUCAAAAUACGACCAAGAUGAAGAUGAACAGGCUAUUCGACAACAAGUGAUAACACAACUUCGUGCAGACCUUGAAAAGAUUCGCAUGUUGUCUGAACAAGUACAGAAAAGAGAACGAUUGAAGCUAGAAAGAACACGUAAACAAAAGGCUUAUUUAGAAAUGAUCUUGUUUCCUCUUGAACAUGUCCUUGAACCUAUCUUACACCAAUUGAUGGAAAUAGACCGAAAAAAGCUAUUCUUUCAUCCAGUUACUGAUGAAGAAGCACCUGAUUAUCAUACAGUGAUCAAGAAACCUAUGUGUUUCUCUAUCGUCCAACAUCGACUGACAACGCAUGGCUAUACUUGUCUGGAUGCAUUUAUAGAGGAUGUCAGUCUGAUUUGGAACAAUGCGAUUCAAUACAAUCCACCUGGAAAUGGAUAUUAUAGAGUAGCCAACAAACUCAAGACAGCAGCACACAAAUUACUACCGAUAGCACAAGCUAAAAUGAGCCAAUUUCAGCUAGGGGAAGAUGGUAUGUGGCAGCAAUCGAUUGAUACUGCCAUCUUUGACUAUAAAGGAUUUGAAGAAGGCGAUCCUUGGAUGGACAUGGACUUGGAUCUAGUCCAACAAGAGACAACAGUCAAGACAGAACAAGAAGAAGACAUUAUGGAUGAACUGAAUGUCAAAUCAAAUGAAAAUAUACCUCAAUAUACCUCUGAUGAACUUCCAUUGACUUCUCUUGAACUCAAAGACACUUCUCCUGAAGCUAAAGACAGCAAAGAGAAUGCUUUAUCAACACCCAUGGAAAUUACACCAGACAAACAAGAAGAUAAACGGACAAAGAGAACAAAGAAGAGAAAAUUCAGUGAACCUAAACCACGUUUGACACGUAGUGCAGGUUUAGAAGCAAGUAUUGAAGAAUUAACCAAGCGAACCAAGAUAUCCCAUGAAGCCCGUGCCUUGUUUGCUUCUUAUAACGGUGUUUCUCAUCUCAAUCGUCCUGUAGAAUCUUACAAGGAGAAUCGAAAGAAGUAUGCGCCUGUAGGAUGGGUUUAUGUAGAUGAUGAAGAUGAAGACGGCGACAACAACAACGAAGAAGAAGACGACAACAGUGACCAUCAUGACGAGGAAAACAACAACGCAAAUCAAGAAAAUACAAAGAAAUAUACUAAACCAAAGAGAAAUGAUAUGCCUGUGCCCGAUUUCAACCGAGGUGAAAUCGUAUGGGCUCGAGUUACUGGAUAUCCUUCUCAUCCCGCCAAGUUUCUUAAUUAUUCAGAUGAAGAAGCUGGUCCUAAACUAGUUGCUAGUCGACGAUUUCAUGGUGAUGUCCUUGUUGAAUUCCUCAAAGUACCUGAAAUACACAAGUAUGGCUGGGUAGCACGUAAUACAAUUUGUGAAAUGGGUGAUCCAGAAAUAGACCGUAUCAAAUUGUCUGAAGCACUUAAGCAGAAAACAAAGCGACAGGCAUUUAUUCAGGAAGCCAAAGAAGGCUAUCGAUGUGCUGGGUCAAUUCUUGGUUUGGAUCCUGAGCCGUUGUUGAAAAGUGUGUUUGAUACACCUAUACCGAAAAAGAAGAAAGCUAGUAAAAAGGUGAAAUAAAAU